UCCUCAGUGUUAUGACUUCUUUCACAGAAACACAGACUAGACACAUUAGCCACAUAACCAACUUUUUAUCGUUUUAACGGUACAGUAGGCUAAAUUCCAAGACUCACAGUGGGUAGCUAAUUCUACGAGCAGUGAAUUACACACUCACAGGGUACGCUUUUCAAUAGAAAUGGUUAUCCUGUCCAAGAAGCCGAAGACCUUCGAGGUUUUGUUCAAUGACCCGAGCAAGACGUAUUACUCUGGAGGAGACAAGGUAGCUGGACGGAUUAUAGUGGAGGUGCCGGAGGUGAUGAAAGUUUCAUCUAUGAAAGUUUUCGGAAUCGGCAACGCAAGAGUGGAAUAUCAGAAAGGGAAACAGAGAUGUCGCGAUGAAAUUGACUACUUGAAAUAUGAGGACGUUGUUCACCUGGAUCAUGAACUAACAGAUUCAGAGGGUUAUGUCACUCUCGUGCCUGGAAAUAGAUAUGAGUACAUGUUUGGAUUUGAACUCCCCCAACCAGGGCAGCUGGUGUCAUCCUAUGAUGGGAAGUUUGGCCAUGUUAACUAUUACGUGAAGGCUGUGAUGGAGAGGUUUUCUCAGCCUACAGUGGAGUGCAAGAGAUAUUUUGAAGUUGAAGAGCCCGUUGAUGUUAACACACCAGACUUGGUGUCUCCUAUUUGUGGGAUGAAAGAGAAGAGGGUGACAUGCAUGUUCAUUCCUGAUGGCAGCGUCUCCAUCAAAGGCAAAAUCGGUCGUAAAGGCUACUGUGAGGGAGAAGACAUCUGCAUUGAUGCCAAGUUUGAGAACACCUGCUCACGCAUUGUAAUCCCCAAAGCGGCCAUCAUCGCCAAACAUACCUAUCAGGCCAACGGCAGAACCAAAGUCAUCAAGGAGAAACUGUGUGCUGUCCGGGGCAACCAUAUCAUAUCUGGCAUGUGUGACAUCUGGCAGGGGAAGUGCAUCCGUGUCCCCAAAAUCAAGCCCACCAUCUUGGGCUGCAACAUCAUUCAUGUGGACUACUCCUUGAUGAUCUAUGUCCACAUUCCUGGCAGUGACAAGCUGAUUCUAGAACUGCCCCUUGUCAUUGGGACCAUCCCCUUCAACAGCUUUGGCAGUCGCACCAGCAGCAUGUGCAGCCAGCAGAGCACCACCAUGUCCAGCAGCUUGGUCUCCAGAGGCAUGCCCUCCCCUCCCCCUAGCUACAGUGAGAUCCCACAAGACAUGUUGCUGGACAGCCCCCUCACCCCUCUCCUAAACGACUACGAUGAAGAGGAUGGUCCCUUGUUCAUGCGACCUCCCCCUGCUUAUUCUGAGGUUGAUCAUGGCCUCCAGUUUUAGUUCUCUUGAAUGGCCGGCUCAGUGAAGUGGCUUAUUUGGCAUUUGUUCAAACUCCAGAAAUUGCUGAGAAGAAAGCCUGCUAAGGGCAGAGUGAAGUCAGAAGACUCUUGAAGGCGUGAAGAGGGGAUCAGCAUAGCGUUAAAGAUAAAAACACAGGAGACCUAUGUAUGGAAUGCAGAUUAAGUUGGACUGUUGAUGUAGGAUUUUUGGUACUCUGUCUGGUAUAACAGCCAUGGAUAGGUAGAUGCUACUAAACUGCUACUAAACUGAAGGUGAGCUCCAUCUCAGUCAAGAACCUUCCAGUGUUUCAAAGCCAUCCUAUGUAGAUCUACAGUAUGUAGCCAUUCCAUAACAAGUGCAGAUGCAGAUGUUGCUCAAAGGUUUUGUCAAGAGUUGAAUUACCACUUUUUGUUUAAGAGGUCUUCCAGACAGAAUGUAUAUGUACACUUUAUUGAACAAAAUUGCCAUGCAAUGUUUUCAGUUCUUUGUAUCAAACACGUUUUCAUUGAUGUUGUGUAAAAACGUAACUAAAUGUGUUAUGAAAUAAUUCUUUAUUUGAAAAUGAGGUUUAUGACAGAUGAAAUUGUUUUUCAACAUCAGCAAACUUAAUAUUCAUAUGUUUGUACUUUUUUAAUUUAUCUGCGGUUUUUAUUUUCAUAAGCCCUAUGGGCUGACUACUAUUUUGAUGAAAAUAAAAUAUUGAUCACAUU